AUGCCUCUCGUUCAUUUUGCUCUCUCCCUGACAUCCUUUUGUCAAGUCAAUAUAGUUAAAACUUUUGAGCAAAAGAAGGACACCGUACAGAAAAUGCCUAAAAAGUACAGAGACAGACAGAAUAAAGCUGCAGAGAUCGAACAGCCACCAGUCAAAAAGCAGCCAGAGCAACCCGAAGCAAAGAUUCAGGACCAACAGAAGGCCCCCAAAGAGUCCAAACAACUGUUCCCAGACUCGUACCUCUUCAAGAAGUGGGGUGAGAAUCUGUCUGAGGACGACCAAAGAGAGGCACAGGAUUUGUAUAAGAAGUACGGAUACAACGUUUUCCUCAGUGAUCGCCUCCCUCUAGAUCGAGCUCUCCCAGAUACCAGGGAUAAAAGGUGUCUUAACAAACAUUAUACAAAGGACCUGCCCAGCCUUGGAGUGGUGUUAAUCUACCUGAACGAGGCUCUGUCAGUCAUCAAAAGAGCUUUGUGCAGCCUCAUUGACCGCACCCCUACACACCUACUGAAGGAAAUCAUCUUGGUGGAUGACAAUAGCUCCAAUGACGACUUGAAGGGGGACCUGGACGCGUACGUGAAGAUGAUCGAGCAGCAGAACCCAACUCUCCGUAUUGCAAGAGUGAGGCACAGUGAGCAGCAAGGCCUUGCAUCUGCCAGGGUUUCAGGAUGGAAGGCUGCCACUGCUGACGUGGUGGCCAUCCUGGAUGCGCACAUUGAAGUCCAUGAGCUGUGGGCUGAACCCCUGCUGACACAGAUCAAAGGUGACCGAACGGUGGUGACGUCCCCUGUGUUUGACAAAGUCAACUUUGAUGACCUCACGGUUAGCAAAUACCAUUCAGCAGCGCACGCCUUCGACUGGGCUCUAUGGUGCAUGUACGAGGAGUUUUCAGAUGACUAUUACAAACUCAACGACGGCUCAUUGCCUGGAAAAAGUCCAUCUGUUAUGGGAAUCCUAGUUGCUGACAGGAAGUAUCUCGGAGAAAUCGGAGUCCUCGAUGAAGGCAUGAAAGUGUACGGUGGAGAAAAUGUUGAGCUGGGAAUUCGUGUGUGGACAUGUGGGGGCAGUAUUGAAGUAGUUCCAUGCUCCAAGAUCGCCCACAUCGAGAGGGCCCACAAGCCCUACAUGCCUGACCUGAGCGAAGCUAUGAAGAGAAACGCCCUGAGGGUAGCAGAGGUCUGGAUGGACGAAUACAAACACAACGUCAACUUGGCUUGGAACUUGCCAUUCGAGAAUCACGGAAUUGACAUCGGGGAUAUCUCAGAGAGGAAAAGCCUCAGAGAAAGGUUGAAAUGUAAACCUUUCAAAUGGUACUUGGAAAAUGUCUAUCCCAAAUUGGAUCAUUGGGACAACAUACUUGCUUAUGGAGGACUGAAGAAUCUUGAUACUGACAUGUGCUUAGACCAAGGCCCAGUACCAGGUAACACACCCAUCGCCUACGGCUGCCACUACUAUGGACCUCAAGUCACCUAUUAUAGAUCAAACUCUGAACUUUAUAUCGGGGGCCUCAAGUCCCAUCGGUACAAUGACAACCGGUGUAUAACUGACGUUGGGAAAAAAGAUGGCGAGCCUGGCCUGUACAACUGCAAAGAGGCUGUGCAGAAAGGAAUGGGGAUUCACUGGGACUUCAUUCAGGGCAAAGAAAUUAAGAACAAAGAGACUAAAAGAUGUCUGGAGAUUCAUAACGGCAAACUUCUGAUACAGGAAUGCUCUGGCCAAAGAUGGAAAAUCCAAAACAUAAUCAAGCCCUUUUAA